AUGGGAGCACGAGUGGGAGGGCGGACGAAGGGUGCGUAUGCCUUUGCCAAGUCUAUAAAGAGCAUAUCGCUGAGUUUAAACCUUUUUUUCUGCCAGUAUCAUCACUAUCGACACGGCCGCUAUCCUUUACCCAAUGACGAUAUCGAGCAGGAGAGAGAGUAUAUGAAACAUGUGAUACACAUGGAGCUCGUGGGCGGCAAGCUGUUCAAUUCUCCCAUUACAUCAAAUCCACAACGAAUACUGGACCUUUGCACCGGUACAGGACUUUGGCCGAUGGAGGUUUCCAAAAUGUAUCCAAGCGCAGAAAUCAUCGGUCUCGACCUCAGCCCGAUUCAACCACUCAUGGUUCCACCCAAUGUGCGGUUCCUAGUCGACGACGUAGAAGAUGAAUGGAUGGAUCGCGGUGGCUACGACUUUAUCCAUCUGCGCCAUUCCUGCAUAUACCUCAAGGACGUGGACAAGCUGAUAAAGAAUUGCUAUGAUCACCUGAAAGAGGGCGGCUGGCUUGAGAUUACAGAUUACUGCAGCUACCUCCGAUGCGACGACGGCACAAUGCCCGAAAACCACCCACCGGCGCAAGUCUCCAUGAUGAUGCAUCAGGCCCUGUCGCAGUACGGCAUGAAUGCCUACGUCAUCAACGAACUGGAAGAGAAAUACAAGGCCGCGGGCUUCAAGGACAUCCAAUGCCGAGUAAUAAAGACGCCAAUCGGCGCUUGGCCCAAGGAUGCUACCCAGCGGCAAAUAGGCAUUCUCUUCCGAGACAUCAUCAACGAGCUCGUUGGCGCCCUGGCCGCCAAACCUCUGAAAACCUUGGGAUGGGACGACACCGAGCUUGAAGUGUAUCUCGCAUCAGCACGGAAAGGCUUGUGGGAUAAAAAGGUGCAUUGCUAUGCAAAUUUUAUCUCUUGGUGGGCCCAAAAGUGA